AUGUAUGGAGGUUCUCUCCAAGGCGAAAGCCCUGGCGACACAACGGCGGUUACUCUUAACAGCCCCCGUGACAGCCAUCUCCGCCGAAAUUUGCAUCUGCAGACCGAGACACUCUGGACCUCUGACACGCUGCUGAGUGCUCUUCCCUCCCCCGCCCGCCGCGUGCUCCCGCGGGGCCACGACCCCGAAGGCCUCGGGCUGCCAUACAGAGAGGCGCUCAUAGACCCCUUCCUCGAGGCGACGGUGAGGCACGAGGAGCUGCAGGGAUCUGCUGCCGGGGCAAGCCGAACGGCAACACCUUCGCGAGGACAAGAGGAGGCAUCGGCUGCAGGGGCCGCAGAUGGGGAUCCAGAAGAUGAUCUCUGCAUCCUUAUGUACGAGGCACUUGGCCGCCUUAUGGCGAUGUGUUUCUGCAUCGGCAGUGCGUUCAACGUUACCCUCAACCCCAUCGUGUGGAAGAAGCUUGUCGCAGCGCCCAUCAGCAUCGAGGACGUUGCAGACUCGGACUGCGUGGCUGUAGAGAUGCUGCGUUCGCUGCGGCGUCUGGCUGCAGUGCCGCAACAAUUUUGGGAUGCAACUAUGGAGGCCUCUUUGUCAGAUAUGACCUUCAGCGCGGAGGAUACUCUCGGGCGAUCGUGCGAAUUGGUGGAGGGGGGGGCAGAGAUCCCCGUCACUGCGUUCAACUUAUCUACUUUCAUUCGUCUCUCUGAACGAUUUCGCCUCCUUGAGGGACAAGAAGGCAUCGAAGCUGUACUCCGAGGCAUCGCUGCCGUCUUGCCUUUGGGCCGUUUGCGGCUUUUAUUUGACUGGAGGCGAUUGGAGUAUCGCAUCUGCGGCGACCGAGAAGUUGAUGUGGCCACGCUAAAGGAACACACGGAGUGCUCAUCAGAACGCCUGAAGGCACAGCUCUUUGAAAUCCUUGAGUCCUUCACUAACGACCAGUUGCAGCGCUUCCUCAGAUUCGUAUGCGGUCGCUCGCGCCUCCCGGUUGCCAGCAGUGACUGGCGAAUGACAGUGGAUUACGAAACCGUUGAUCGCGGAGCCGCCAUUAACGACAAUCGGUUGCCUACAGCUGCCACUUGCAGCUUCCGGUUGGUCAUGCCCUUGUAUUCCUCCGUUUCCAUAAUGAGGGAGCGGCUGCUCUACGCGAUUAACAAUUGCACUGCCAUCGACCUCGACGCGGUCGUUGUGCACGAGCAAAUGCAGCUGAUGUAUGAUGAUUAA